CUGUUUUUCCAUUUUUCUAUUUUUCUAUUGAUCAUCGAUUGAUUGGAGAAGUCCAGACUAAUCGGACAAACCUUUUUUCUUCGCUGCAGUUUCCCUCCAUAGCAACAUAAAUACUUCUUCUCCUUCAUCACAGACAUUUCUUGAAUGAAAUCAAUCCCUCACUUUUUGCUAUCUCAUUUUCCCGAAUGCGCGAUCGAUGUCGCGGAUGCCGCCGACUUAGCUGAUGUAAAGGCCAUUCGCCCCAAAUUGGUUUCCAUCUUCAAACGCUCUCUCCAAUCCCACAAUUUUCCAGAAGGAAGCGGUGGAAGAUGAUGAUCUCUGAUCAAGGGUUGCUUGCACGAGUUCCAUAAAUCCAUCGGAAGAAGGGGUGAAUAAAUCCUGGGGCUGCCAAGCUGUGCCGUUUGGGCUUAUUACUGCUUCUUGUGGUUUAGCUUUGAGUGCUUUAGAUGACCUCGCCAUUUAUCAUAGCUGUAGCAGAUGACGUCCAGAUGCAACUUGUUCCUCUGGAGCAAUACCCACGACCUUUUGCCUUCGGAUGAGCCCUACCAUUUCUCGUUGCCUUCCCCAGUUCCUGAAUGGCCUCAAGGUGGAGGUUUUGGUUCUGGAAAAGCAAGUCUUGGGGAAAUUGAGGUUCUGAAAAUCACCCAAUUUGCUUCCAUAUGGGGCUUCAAUCUGACGCACCGAGAAAACAAUGGUGUUACAUUUUACAGACCAUCAAGGAUACCUGAAGGAUUCCACUGCCUUGGUCACUUUUGCCAACGUAAUGACCAGCCCCUGCAUGGUUAUCUUCUUGUUGCGAGGGAAGUAGAUGCUUAUUUUCAGGAAGGUGAUCAUGUUAGCAACAUUGUUAAAUUGCCAGCCCUUGUGAAACCCCUUGAUUAUACAUUGAUAUGGAGUCCAGACGAUGGGAGAGAGGAGCAGUACAGUGAAUGUGCUUACAUUUGGCUACCUCAACCGCCUGAUGGUUAUAAAUCCAUGGGUUAUUUUGUUACUAACAAGCUAAAAAAGCCUGAAUUAGGUGAAGUAAGGUGCGUUCGAGAUGAUUUAACCGAUAGAUGUGAAACUUAUCGCUUAAUGCUUAAUAUCAGUUUGAAAUGUACAAACUUUCCAGUACAGAUUUGGAGUACAAGAGCAUGUCACCGGGGGAUGCUUGGAAGGGGUGUUCCCGUAGGAACAUUUUAUUCUGGUAGUCACAAAGUCACUGAAAAAGAGCUUCCUAUUGCGUGCUUAAAAAACCUGGAUUCUACACUGCAUACAAUGCCGAAUCUCGAUCAGAUUCACGCUCUUAUCAACCACUAUGGACCCACUUUCUUCUUUCAUCCCAAAGAAAUCUACUUGCCAUCUUCUGUUUCCUGGUUUUUCGAAAAUGGGGUGCUGUUACACAGAGAUGGUAUGUCAUCUGGGGAGGCCAUUCAUGUCUGUGGCACAAAUUUGCCAGGUGGUGGGAGACAUGAGACGGUAUGUUGGAUGGAUUUGCCCAGUGAUGAUUGUAGAGACAAGAUCAUAUAUGGAAAUCUGGAAAGCGCCAAACUUUAUGUUCAUGUGAAGCCAGCUCUGGGAGGGACAUUCACGGAUAUUGCUAUGUGGGUUUUCUGUCCCUUCAAUGGAUCAGCCACUCUUAAGCUUGGAAUCAUGGAUAUCAGUCUUGGGAAGAUUGGACAACAUGUGGGAGAUUGGGAGCAUGUCACCCUCAGGAUCUGCAACUUCACAGGAGAACUUAGUAGCAUUUACUUUUCCCAGCACAGUGGUGGUGAAUGGGUGGAUGCUUACAAUUUGGAGUUCAUACAAGGGAACAAAGCCAUAGUUUACUCCUCAAAGAGCGGACAUGCUAGCUACCCUCAUCCUGGGGUCUACAUUCAAGGCUCUGCAAUGCUCGGGAUCGGAAUUAGGAACGACUGUGCAUGUAGUCAUCUUUGUAUCGAUUCAAGCAGCCAUUAUGAAAUAGUUGCAGCAGAGUACUUGAGAGACAAUGGCGUUGUGGAGCCUUGUUGGUUGCAGUUCAUGAGAGAAUGGGGUCCGACUAUCAUCUACAGCUCGAGAACGACGCUUGACAAAAUGAUUAAUUUCCUUCCGUCGAUGAUUCGGUUUUCGGUUGCAAACAUAAUCGGAAAGUUACCAGGGGAAUUGUUUGGAGAGGGUGGCCCAACAGGGCCGAAGGAGAAGAACAAUUGGGAAGGAGAUGAGAGAGGCUAAAAUGUUCUUGGGCAUUCUACAUUUGUUGCUGUUAUUGUGAGCUUCCCCCGUCUUCAAACCACACCAUUCUGCCUUUUAUCUCUCUCUCUCUCGCUCUCUGGUCUCUCCCUCUCUGCACUACCAUUGCG